AUGACAGUUUUUGAUCUUGGGUGCAGCACAAAUGAAGACUGUCUGUACACUGGACUGGAAUGCAGACUUACAGAAUGGGGCAAUUUCUGUCGAUGCCCUGUUGGAUAUGCUGUGAGAAGCGCUAACGACUUAACGUGUUCGAAAGUUUUGGAUAGUCGGUGCACGGACGUCCACUUUUGUGGCGAUACUGAACAAGUUAACUACUGGCGUAGUUACCACAGUAGUCAUAUUUUGUCGUCUCAAUGGGAACACAGACCGCAUAUUGGCUACCGAUGUAAUCUGGAGGGAACCUGUUCUUGUGGAACUGGGUUUAUUAGAUCAGUUGAUGGACUUAGAUGUCAGCAAUUAUAUGAUGUUCCAUGUACUAACAGUAGUGAUUGUCAGGGAGACCAGGACGUCCAUACUGAAGGGCAUGUAUGUCAAAACGGGAUGUGUGCGUGCAACGAUAUGUAUAAUGCUGAAAGCUACUGGUACUCAACUUAUGAAGACGGCGGUUACCAGUAUAGCGACCAUUACAUUUGUAAACCAAAAAUUGGAUCCGUGCAUUGUGAUUCCAGCGUAUAUGGUACAACAUGUGUUCAAAUUCAAGGGAGUUUGCUAACUCAUUGUGAAGUUGGUAUUGAAGAGAAUGGACAGUGCAUCCGAGUACUUGGACAUGACUGCGAGCUGAACAGCGAGGCGUGCAAACUGGUUCAAAAUGCCGAAUGCAAUAGUUCAUAUCAGUGCAGCUGCAAAAAUGGAUUUAUCAAAAACGAUACUUCAGACAGUUGCUUUCCUGUUCUUGUGUUGAAUUGCACCGAAGAAUUAGAUUGCCUUGCCCAUCUUGAAGACUCAACAUGCGCGGAUGAUUCAAGGUGCUCCUGCAAACAGGGAUUUGUGGAAUUGGGCGCAGAGUGCAUUUCACAAGAACUAGUUGACAGAGGAUGUUAUGCUAGCGUCCACCAACUACCGGAUAUGAAUAGGCGAUCACCAAAUUAUAUACUGGGUUCGACGGAAACACCGAUACGGGAUGAUCUACUGCCAGAGGGUUGGUACAUGCUAGGAGCAUAUAUGGUUAGCUCUUCAGCUCACCUUCCUGCCGGACUUUCUGGAAUCUGUGGAACAAAGUACCCAAUCUCUCUCAAAGAAUCGCUUACCGCAGACGACUUAGCAGUUCUUGAACUUGGCGAAGAAUUGCAAACACAAGCGGUAGUCGCCGAUCUGGUAGCAGAGUAUAUCGUUCAAGAAAUAGAUGUUAAACUGAGGCGUUGUAGCAAGAAUUAUCAACUUUUCUCUCCAUCACUCUCUGUUGCCUUUUCGGCAUUUUGUUUAGGUACUGGCUCAAACUCCUCUGUUGAAUCUGGAGACAGAUGGGCUGAAGUCGUCCCAGAGUUGUUCUUCACCCGAGAGUAUGACUCUGAAACACAGGAGGAGAUGUCAAUUCCACACAUGUAUUUCAAAUGCUAUGCUUUCGAUCAUUAUUACAACUCAUACCGAAAUGAUCGAAAUUGCAAUGGCUGCGAUCGAUACUACUAUUAUGAAAAUGACGCAUUGUACUACUCGAUAAAUUGGUAUGUCAAUGGAAAACAUUGCAAGUCCUUUGGUCCCUAUCGAAGGUACAUGCUGGAAUAUACAGACCUGAACGAUACAACGAUACAAACUGAGUGCGGACAAACAACUGUUGGAUUUACUAUCCAAUGUUCUUAUUCGUGGCUAGAAACACCCUUUGGACAAAAAUCUGCUCCGAUCUUCAGUGAGAUCGAACAAACAGGAUUUCAUUCGUGGGCAAUCAACACUGUAUCAGAAGGAACGCACAUGAUGACGAACACUUACUGGACACCAUUAGGAUGUAGAACGCCAUCAUCAACCACAGAUACUACGUGUUUGGUCGAAUGGGAGCUUGCAGACAGUAGCGUUUGUCCUUUCCCUGCACAAGAAGAUGAGCAUACUUUGUGUGGGGUUGCGGUUUAUGGUCUUACCGAAUUGGGACUUAACCAGUACGGUUCAUGGCAAAAUGCAGUCAACGAACAUAUUCUGGCAAACUGGGACUGGAUAGGAGUUUCAUCGAAUGUUGAAACAUCUGGUUUAAAAUUAUUGCUAGACUAUACUGGUUAUGAAAAUAGCAAUAUUUAUAAGAUUCAGUUUCAACCAACUCAGACAAAUCAUGGCAUUUGGAACGGAUAUGCUAUCCCUGAUGUAUUGGUUGAAGCGUACAAUGGAGAUAUACAAACUCUGGAAAUGAUUCAUCUAUUUGGUAAUGAAAACGAGGGAGCGACAACACUUUCAAAAACUUCAUCAUCGGGAAGGAGGAUAGUCCUUCCUAUCUCCGACACCGGGGAGUUUUUGUUUCUAAAGAGCAAUUACUAUCUUGUGGAGGUACAUAUUAAAUUGGAAAGCAGUAAUCAGAACAGCGAGGUCAGACUUUGUGCUGUGACUGUGAGAAACGGCAAUGAAAUUUUCACCGUUGAUUUAUGCGAAUCCGUGUAUCGAAAAGGAUUUUUAUACGUCGACCCAUUGGAAGAUGGCAUAUUAAGAACAGCGUAUUCUUUUAAUGAAACAAAUCUUUACACGAAUCGAUAUAGGUGGUGGUAUACGGAGACUCAAACGCUACAUGACAGUGAUGCAAUUUGGCUUUUGAACGGAGUGAGUUUGACCAUUAGGCGAAAUGGCAAGACUUUAGAGGCCAUAUUCAAGGAUUCCCCUGGCCGUGAGAGGUUUAUCGAAAUGGAUGGCAUUGGUGCGAUAAUGUAUAAGCAGUACCGGUUUAAUGACGGGACAUAUAGAACAGAAAAUGGCGGUUUUGUUGAAAGCUGGAGAACUCAGUACACUGAAAGUCUUCUCAAUCCGAAUAACCAUGUUUCCUACGCAAAAACUGAAACCUACUACCAGUGCCGAUGUCCUCUGGUUUCUGAAGUUCCAAAAGAAGAAACUAUUACUGUCGAACACAGAGAUACUGAAUACUCUAACUACUACGGCCCUGUUGGUCCAGUAGGAUAUUACUAUGAUGAAAUACAGCACACUAAGAAAUUCACUGGUGUUGUUAAAUGUGACGUGUUAACAGAAUGCCAGGAAGACACCCUAGGAUUGGAUCGGCCAAAAUCACCUUUUGCAGUAGAGAUCGUUGAGCAACUUGCUGUUUCUGCAGAUGAUGCUGGCCUCACAUGCACUUUUACAACAUUGCCGGAACGGAUGCACAAAGUAGAAUGGUAUAUUGGUGACUCGUCAGUUCUUGACCAAGGAAUGGACCCUGCAGAACCGUCCCUGAAAAUAGCUGAUAUAUUUACUACGUCUGGGAGUGUCUGUGAUUUAGACAAAGAGAUAACAUGUUCCGUGACAAUCUACAGUUCAGACGGAUCAACUCAGCAGGGUCCAACUUUUUAUAGUCCACCUCUUUUGCUGUCAGAAAGAGAAAAAAUACAGGGACCAUUUGCAGACGUGUGUGUGAUUGUUGGAAAAUGUUACCACGAACUUGACGCAAAUCCUUCUGACAACGCGUACCUCUGCUAUCCAUAUCUUGAUUUUACAACGUGGAUAUUGAAUCUAACUUUAACUAGAGCACCGGGGGAUAUUUGUGUACCUGGAUUUGGACACUGCGAAACGAUACCUGGAGAGGCCUUCUGUGAAGUUGAUUCCCACGUCUGUUUAUGUUCUGACACGUUUGAAGAGAUCAAUGCAACAUGUUCACAAAUAGGAUGUGUCAAUGAUACUGAUAUCUGUAGGGAGAUUAUGUAUGGCCAGUGCAAUGGCGACGUGUGUGUAUGUGAGCCGUGGACAGAACUCAACAACGUCAAUGGCCAUUGUCAUGCGAAACGCACGGGAAGUGAAUGUGAUCAUACAUCCGAGUGCGACCAUAUUAACGGGGCCAUGUGUGUCGAUAGAAAAUGCUCGUGCUUAGAUCAGUUUAAGGAACUCGACUUCGGAUGUGUGCCAAAAGUUCCUGGCGACGAGUGUGAACCUGGCGGAGACCACUGUAUGAACAUCGACCAUGCCUUCUGUAACAUUGACACACAUCAAUGUUCUUGUGAUGAUUUACACCAGCUUGAAAACGGCAAAUGCGUUUUGAUUUCGUGUUCAUUCACGGACAGUGUUGCCUGUGAUGGAAUUACCAACGCAAUUUGCACGAAUAGCAUGUGCUCUUGUUUAAGUUCAGCAUACAUCGAUCAAGAAACUGGACACUGCAAAAAUAGAGAGCUAGGUGAUAAUUGCGCAAAGAACGAACAUUGUAGUGGCAUGACUGGCGGGAAAUGUGGCCUAGUCAACCAAACACUUCACUGUAUUUGUAACGAACAAUACAAAGAAAAUGGCAACGGUUGUAGUCCAAAAGAGCCAGGAGACAGUUGCAUUCUAAAUGAAAAUCACUGCAGCCUGAUAAGUGGUCAGGUGUUUUGCAAAUCAGAAACCGAGGUAUGCGUGUGUGCUGAUACAUAUGCUGAUGACAAUGGUCGGUGUGUUUCAAAAGCAUGCAGCUCAUCAGCUGAAUGUUCGCAGAAUGCAGAGUGUAAAAACGAUAUUUGUGCUUGCUUAAUUACGGCGGAUUUAAUCCCUCAAACUGGAACAUGUGAGCUAAAAGUACAUGGUAGUCAAUGUAAUGCAGACGAACAGUGUGCUCAUAUUGAGGGUGCAAAGUGUGAUCAGGCUAUGCCUCGUGUGUGUAUAUGCGACGAGCGGUAUGCAACGGUGGAUGGAAGCUGUGUAUUUAAAGAACAAGGAAAGCUAUACCUCUAUACAACAGAAAUUAUUGUUUCCCAAACACUUGAUGAUGACCAACAUACAGCCUUGUUUAGAUGCGAUUACAGCAUUGAUUAUGGAUUUCAUUAUCAAGUUAAAUGGUUUAUAAAUGACAACGAAAUUAACGCAACAGAUAUUGUUCGUUCCACCGAUGCAUCAGUUUCCUCAGUCCUGAAAGAUAUGGAGCUGCAUUCAUUAAGUCCUGAUGCUUUCCAGUUUGAUUCAAAGAUUAAGUGUUCCGUCACUGCUUUCAAUGACAGCGGCAACAAUGAAUUAAAGACAGUAACAAGUUCUUUUUUAACUUUAUUUGAGGUAUCAACAACAAACUUGCUUUUCAAUCGUGGACGAACAGCGACUUUUUCCGUCAUUCAAAAUGUGCCAUUCGGAUGCGGCUCAAAAAAUCGUGUUCAGUGUUCCCUCCAAUACAUUGUUUACGACCCAGUUGAUUCUUACGACUGCACUGAUGCUACUUUAGCAGUUCUACAUUCUGAUACAUGCGGAGGACGCAUAGAUGGUGUAACAGUUGAUGGCAGAAGAACAAUCGUGUGGACUAAGCAAGUUGUUAACAUUACGGUAGUUGUAAAGAACAACGAUCAAUACAAACUAAAAAACCGAUUUUCGUUGACCCUUAAAACUAUUCCAACGGGAAAUGCAAAGCCAUUUUGGACAGGGAUGUCGACUGGCAUAGAGGUACACGUUCAGGAAAACGCAAUUUCGAGAGAACCACAUUGCUAUUCCCAUGUUGACCCGCACCAUGGAACAUUUGAUAACUUUCAUUUUGAGAAUCAGAACACUGGCGAAUUCAUCUUGGUAAAACACACGAGUCUACCUAUAAUUGUACAAAUGGUGACUGAACCUUGUGGACAAUGGGGUCCAAUUCCAACAUGCGCUUGUGCUGUUACCAUGAAAUCAGGAGGAGAUGUAUUUACCUUAAACCACUGUGGGGGUCAUCUGACAAAAUACUUGUCUAAUUUAGACGGAACAUUGAAGGUGUACAGAGAACAAUCGACAAAUUAUAAGGUUGUUUUCAACACUGGAAUGAUUGUUUCAAUCUAUGUGAUGACAUAUGGCAAAUACGUCUUAAAUAUUGACAUAUACCCUUCACCCGAUGACUUUGGACAAGUGGAAGGGUUAUGUGGUAAUUUCAACGGCGACCCGACGGAUGAUCUUGCGUACAGAGACACCGGUGAUUUGUGGGUACCAACUGACUCCAGUGACCGGGUUUGGUCUUGGGCUGUAUAUCCAGAUACAUUCUCGUUUUCUUGGGAGCUUAAAGACAGACCUGACGACAGUCUUCUCAGCGAAAACAAUUAUUUGCAACCUUCACUUUGGAACCCUAAGGCUAAGUAUUGCGUUUGUCCUGACGCUGCAAAUGGAAACUAUGACUCCAUAUGUACCUUCCACUCUGACGACUCCUGCAAAACGCCGGUAGUACGGAAGGGUGAAAUUAUUUCUCGUGAGGCUUCUGAAGGAAAGCGAAAAAAUAGAAAUAAACGUUCAAAAACAACAAACAAUGGAAUAAAUAAACGAUUGCAAAGAAUGCGGAGACAGUGGAGAGAAACAUUUGACAAUGUCCAGAGAAUGAAGAGAAGCACAAGUCUUGACACAAGUUCAAACAUGACGACAGAAGAAGCGGUUCAGUUUUGCACGAGUGCUUUUGUUGACUGCCCAACAGCCAUUUCUACAAACGAAACAGAAGCGGGAUUAAACAAAACAAUUCAAGAAUGUGCAGCGGAUGUGCUGUCGACCGGACAGAGCCAAUGGGUUGUUUAUCACUGUGACGCCACUACGCAAAACCUAGAAAUGACAAUAGAGAAAAACGAAACUUUCGUUGACGCUAACCCCGAAAUAGUAUUUGCUGUAAGGAACAAUUCCUGCCGUUCAAAUUGCAGCAGUAAUGGGCAAUGUAAAGAAGGUGUCUGUGAUUGUUUUGACGGAUACGGAACGGAUCUGUGCAUGAUAGCCCUGUCUGUAGCCCCAAUUUUGGACGAAGCCGGGGACGAUGGGACUUGUGACAUAGAUGACAGUGACUGUAGCUGCCUUCCCAUUGUCGGCAAUGGAUUUGUGGAAAACGCCACCUGCAAAGUUAUUCAAUUCAAGGCUGAUAAUACAGGCAUAUUUUCACGUUUUGAUGAGUAUACUUUGCCAUGCUCCUAUCUGGACUUGAACGAAGUAUGUGCGCCAGUCAAGGAAGCAGAAAACAGAAGAAGGAAGCGUUCUGAUGGAAAUGGAACGGAUGUGACGAACGGUUUUUCAGAAAUGUUUGAGUUAUCGGUCAGUAAUGAUGGUAGCCACUUCAGUAUCCCUUCUUCCGUCGUUAUUUUAGACACCACGUGCCAAGAAACAUCGGUGGAUUUAAUGGGAACAACGAUGGUGACGCUCAAGAUUGGUUAUUGUUACAUCGAUGGCACGUGCGUUCAAGAAAACGAAGACAAUGGGGACAUUUGUAACAUCUGCUCUUCGAGAAACUCUUACUUCGAAUGGACAAAUGUUUGUAAGAAAGACGAAGGAGCAACUCCGACUGAUAGCAAAGUAAUGAUAGUUGCUGUGUCCUUGGCGGUCCCGUUUGCAGUAACACUUGGGGUUAUUGUUUGUGUCGUGAUCUACAAGGCUUUCAACAAGAAAAAGAUUGCUGUCACUAUGAGUUCCGAUAUCGAUUUGUUUGACGAGCCUUCAAACAAGCGCUUCCACUUAAGAGAAGUUCCGGUGUCGAUACUCGGGGGAUCUGAUAAGCCAUUGGCAGAUUCGAGACCAUCUGAUUCAGAAGAUACAGGGGUGGGCCCAUCGACGGAAAAUCACUUGCAGAAUACGUUCAAUAUCUUCCCUGAUAUUGCAGAGAGCAACCGCAAAACUGCUUACUCGAUGGGAUUCUACGGAAAUGAUGAUGUUGCGCAAUCCCUGCCUGGAUCAUCCGUUGACAUGUCGGACAUGAAGUGAAAUAGAUAGAGUUGGUGAUUCAUUAAUUGACUUGAUUUUAAAAUAUAUUUUGUUUACAAAUUUCUCAAAUAACUGACAAUGAUUUCUUAAAUGAACAAACAGAUUCAUACAAGGACUUAACUACAGCAUCAAAUAUAAUUUACCUAACAAACCACCUUACUAGAAUUGUUUGUCAAUCAAUGCUUCUAAUACCUCUGAUACCAACACAAAUCUAACUCGGCCCUGAACGUUCACUGAGCAUUUCGUCCUUUCAGUGAACGUUUUCUGUCAAUAAAUGAAAUUGACGCGUAACACAAACACGCGCCGAUAAAAGCUCAGAAUACUAUACGCAUAUCUUUUAAGCAAAAAAUAUCUAACACAUGUUCAAUAUUAUAAUUAAAGUCAAUGCUAUAGGUUUCCAAUAACAACAACUACACUGAAAGUAGAGAAAGAAAACCUAGAAGUUUCGGAUACAAUAUUUGACAUGAUUUUUGAAAGUUUUACAAAAAACAAGACGUUUUUCUUAGAGAAUAACUGGUGGAAAUAGAAGUCUAAAACACGUUGCGAUUGAUAAUAUUUCUGAUGUUUUAAGUAAUGUUGACCUUACUAGUAAGACUUUAAUUUUAUUCCAAUACGAAACAUUAAUUUAUAUGGCCUUGAUAUCGUGACUCAAAAAAAUAUUAUGCAUAUUAAACAGAUAAAAUAUAUUUGUCAAAUUCUGGCAUUUUAAAAAUAAAACCUCAAUAAAUUGUAAUAUAAUAGCUCAUCUUAAGACGUCUGCCCUCUGCAUGAAGUACAUUAUAGUGAAUUAUUAUUCGUCUCAGAGAAAAGAAUAUCAAAUAGUUUCUACUUCAAAAACUAUUUGGUUCAUGCUAGGUGCAUAAAGGAAGUCAAAUUUUCGUCCAAUUUUAUUUUCUUCAAAAUAAUGGUUAGCAUUCCAUUUAAAACAAUAAUCUUACGGAAGAUUCACGAAAAUACAGUCAUAAAAAUAUUGACGUAAGUCAUUUUAAUAUAAGUUGUUUUUCAUAUUUUACGAGUGUUAUUGUUAUAGCUAACAUGAUUGACAAGAGGACUUUGUCCUGAGCAAACCUUUGUAUGUGUUUAACCAGAAUUUAGUGUUUAUUAACAAACCUUUGUAUGUGUUUAACCAGAUUUUAGUGUGUAGUAAAAAACCUUUAUAUGUGUUUAACCAUAUUGUAGUGUCUAUUGACAAACCUUUUCUUUCUUUGCAACUUUAUCGCGAUUAUUUUAGAUUUGUUAUUAGUAAAUAAGUAAAAUGUGAGUCGUCAUUAUUACUGUUGCUUUUUAUAUUCAAGAUAAUGUACGUGUAAAUAAGUUAUGAAAACAGUGCAUACCAUAAACAAUAGUAUAUAUGUGAAAAAUAUCUGUAAUUGUGAUAUUGUAUUGUUAAAAUACACCGAACAUUUUAUUUAAUUUGUCAGCUAACAUUUUUCCGAAACAAAACAAACAAAAAUAAUGAAACUCAGGUAAUCAGGCUUGUUUGUGUAAGUAAUAUAUUUGCAACAUAUUGCUGAAGUUUCAUGAUGAUAUUAUUAAAAAGAUAUGAGAAUCUGAGUAACAUUAAAUCGAUAACCUCAAACCAAAAGUCGCAUAGAACAUGACUAAAUUUAUGUAAAAGGAAUAUAAAUAAAACGACUUUAUGCAAAUAAACUUAUUAAAAGCAUGGUGCAAAUGAAAGAUGAACUUAAUUUAAAUGGCACUUCAAACACAUGAUUAAGUUUGAAAUUAUAUUUAAUUGGUGUUUACACUUUUAGCUCGUUGAAAUAUCUUCACUUUUAAAUAACAAUAUGAAAAACAUAUACUUCCAUAACGUUUAAAGGUAUUUAUACUACAUGUUUAUAAUAAUAAUAUCAGUCUAAAGAUAUUUUGUUGAAAGUUUUAUUGAGCUAACUUUCACUGACAUAAAUACCUUAAGGGUUUAUUUCGAUUAUUUUUUCAAAUUGGAAUGUAGGUUAUUUAACAAUAAGGUUAUUUGAUUUGCAUUGCGCUGUUUUGUUAAAACUGCUCUGGUGUAUUGGCAAAACAAAAUGUUUUUGAAAGUAGAAAAUAGUUCACGUUACGGAGUAAAUAUACCAUGCAAUGAAUGUAAAUUCUAUGAGGGGUUAUAACUAAGUUUGGGGAAUAAUGCCCCAAAUCAUUAGGUUUGCUUGAGGAACUAUAUGCCAUUGUUGUUAUUACUUUUGAGUAGGUUUUAUAUAUAAGCCUUCAAAUAUUUUGAAAUUCGAAAACUGACCAAUUUGUAAAGUUGUUGAGGUGUAAUACUAUCGCUUAAUUAUUGAUAUCUUGAUGUUUUGCUUAUUUGCUUUUUUCUUGUUGUUUCCUCAUAUUAUGUGUUAAUAUUUAAUGUUGUAUUAAUUAUUAUUUCAAAGAUACUGUUUGUCUGCCUGUGUUUCUGUCUGUCUGUCAACCUUUAACGUUUUAUUUAAAUAAAAGUAAAUAAUUGUUUCAUGGAAGUUAUAUCAUUUUUUAUCAUUAAAAUGAUAAGCAUUUAUGAAAAACAAAUAUGUGAUAGUAAAAAUGUUAUAUUUACGAAUGUCGUGUCAUGCAUCACAAUUGUUUCAUGUCUUUAUUAUAAAUAUGUAUCCAAAUAAUCCAACUAAUUAUAUGUAGUUUUAAUUAACAAUAAACGCAAAAAUAAUCUU